CUGUGAAUUCGAACAAAUUUUGUGGAUUUUCGAGACAGUCAGGUGCAGCAAAAAAUAAUUCAUUUCGUUUUAGUUAGUCGUACGAUUUGUUUCUUAUUUGUGAAAGCUCGUCGAACGGAAGCAAAUCUCGCUUUACCCUUUUGAAAAAUAAAGGAAAAAGUUCGUAAAAAGCGAAGGAGCCCAUCGAGAUCAACACGAAAAGGAGUUCAAAUAAAGAUUGCUUCCCUCAGAUCUUAUACCAAAAUGGUUGCCGAUAACAUCGAUGCAGGAAUUUCUAUUGCCGUUGCCGACCAAUCCUCGUCGGCUGCAGUGAGCAAGGAUGAUCUUCCGGCUGGCAACUACAUCCUGGUAGGUGUGGACAUUGACACCACUGGACGUCGUCUAAUCGAUGAGAUUGUCCAGCUGGCCGCCUAUACCCCCACUGAUCACUUCGAGCAGUAUAUCAUGCCGUAUAUGAAUCUGAAUCCAGCUGCGCGUCAGCGCCAUCAAGUUCGUGUUAUUUCGAUUGGUUUUUAUCGUAUGCUGAAGUCGAUGCAGACCUACAAGAUAAUCAAAUCUAAGUCGGAGAUCGCUGCCCUAAAGGACUUUCUCAACUGGUUGGAGCAACUUAAUGCCAAGACAGCCGGUUCGGAUGGCAUUGUCCUGCUCUAUCAUGAGGAGCGCAAAUUCAUUCCGUACAUGAUCCUGGAGUCACUCAAGAAGUACGGACUUCUGGACCGCUUUACCAAGACGGUAAAGUCAUUUGCCAACAGCCUGAACCUAGCGAAGGCCUCCAUGGGCGACACCAACAUCAAGCACUACAGCCUGCGCAAGCUGUCAAAGAUGUUGACCAAGGCCAAAGAGGAUGGAUCCACCGGAUCUGGAUCGACCAGCGAGAGCAACGUCGCCGACAGCAGCAAUAGUAGCAGUAGCAACAUUAACGACAAGCGAUCUCCCAAGAAUGGCAUCCAGUUCGAGCGGGACCAGUUCGAUGGCAAUGCCAGUGUUCGUGCUAAGCUGGCCUUCAAUGUGGCCCUCCAGCUUAGCAACUCUGACCGUAAGGCCGAGCCAGAGUCAUCGGAGGCAUUGACCAAUCUCUUCAAUGCACUGAAGCCAUUCGCCAAGUUGGUUGGUUCCGAUGUCCAGGAGCUGGACACCCAAAACGAAAAUCUGGAGCGCCAAAACUCCUUUCGCCCGGUCUUCCUCAACUACUUUAAGACCACAUUGUAUCACCGGGUGCGGGCCGUCAAGUUCCGCAUUGUGCUAGCGGAAAACGGCUUUGAUCUGAACUCCCUCAACGCCAUCUGGACGGAUAAACGUACUGAAGGCUUGGACAUGGCCCUGCAGUCAAUCGGGACGCUGAAGAACGAGGAUAAGACUGAGCUAUUAGAGCUGUUGGACAGCUUUUUCGACCCCAACAAGACUACAAUUAAGCCGGUUGUCAAGUCAAAUAACAACCGCCGCCGCAAUCGUCGCACUACUGGUCCGCCAACAAAGAAUGGAGCGGCCAGUUCCCGUUCGGCUAGCGCCGAAUUUGGUGCCGGAGGUGAUAAAUCGCAAAGCGUAUCCUCUGUACCAGAUUCAACCACUAAGUCGCCGUCACCGAAUAAGACGGCUGGUCGUCCGCAGCGCAAGCGCAACUCCCGCCACAGCAUGAGUGGUGCCAACGGUCUGAAGGUGGCGGAAACUUCAUCCUCGAAGGGUGAGCUCAACAAUACGGCUCCAGCUGCCGUAACCUCAAACGUUCCACCACCUUCGACCGCUCCGGUGGCCAUUGCGGCCUCCAACUAAAGCAUCGUUUCGUGUCUCCGCAACUAAUUCAAAUUCGAUAAACAUAUAGGACGAGUAGAACACACAAUCACAUCGAAAAGAGACAAAUGAAGAACGAGAGACACUUUAAAAACUAUAUGCGAACUUUUUUCCUUUUUUGAAGAACUAACACAGAUUGGAAACAAGCUCAAAAUUUUAGUGUAAUGCGAAAUUUAAAGUGCACCGCCACGCCAUAACCACGCAAGCGAUAAACUCACGAGAAUAGGAAGUUGGUGAAUGGAUAAUGUGAGUGGACCGUGAACUGUGAACCCGUAAACUGUGACCGAUGACCGGUGAAGAGUGACACGGCUUCCAAUUGCUGUUUAGAAAAGAAAAAGAGUGAACUGUUAAUCGAGAUGUUGAGAACCACUGUGGAUUCGAUGUGCAGUCCCGGCGAGUAGCAUUGGAGGAUGCUGCGCCCGCCCACUGUAAACACACGAUAACAAUGAUCGACACCGUGGAGCAAUAGCAAUAUGCACGCAAUUAUAUUUUAAGAAAUCUGAUCGUACGAUUAUAAUGUAGUGGAGAGAAAGAAAAAGAAAAAAGGAACCGCUGAACAAGAUAAUAAUAAUUGUACAGAGUUCAAUAACCGCAGCGUUUAGGCAUAGUUUUCCAUGCGGACCGAUGCACCGAUGUCGUACCAGGAUGGGCGAUUGGAAAAAUAUGAUCCAUAAAAACGCCUCGAUGAAAUUUUUGCAUUGGACAGGCCUUGCGCACACUUUGGUACUCGGUUUCGACGAAUAAGAUAUGAAAUCUGAGGCUCCAACAACCCUCCCCCCCCACAAGAAACCAAUAUUAGAAGAAAUAUAUAUAAAACAAUAACAAUGAAUUAUGAACCAGGCCUGGUCCAAUGAUCAAAACUUUCACUUUGAAGCUUAAGCACACAGAACAAAGCUACCGUUAAUCCACACACGCACGCAUACGAUAAUACAUUCUUUACACUCGCCACGGAUAAUGCACACAUUUCGCACAUAUAUAAAUCCUAGAAUGAUGAACGAAGGAGAAACUAAAAGCUGAAUCACGGUACCUGUCAACAUUUAAGUAUUUCAAGCUGUAUUUCAUAAGUGUUUCAUGGUAGCAUAACGUUUCACGAAUUCCAAAUGCAACUGCGAUUCCCAAUGUAAAUCUCAAGAGCGUGAAUAAACGACUAUAAUCUAAAAAUGUAAA